AUGCCGGCCUGCUCGUCCCGCGCCGCUGCCGGCCUCGCCUCCGCCGCUCCCGCGUACGUGGAACCGCGCGUUCAAUGUCACCUGGUCCGCGCGUGUCGCAGAGGCGCGGACCGCCCCUCCGCCUCUCCUUUUGGCCGCUACGCGCGGUCGUGUGCCUGUUUGGGUUCGGCACACAACCGUAACCCUAACCACUCCAUUCCAUGCCUGACUGCGCGCCACUGCCACGUGCCACUGCGAGCGUACCUCCGCGUUCUGCCGUUUCCUUCGUUCUCACGCUUCCUUCUCCCUUCGUUCCGCUCCCCCAUUCCUGUCCGCGCUGCCUCCCUCUCCCCCCGCCCGCGCCAGCAGCGCAUUGGCGGGCGACGAUCGCAACGCGUGCGCGGCGGAGUUGCUGCGAUUCCUGGAGGAGGUGAGCGCGGAGGGGUCACGGGUGUGAGUGCAAGCACCCGCACAUCCGCUCUCCUGUCUUCACUUCCCCCGCCCUCUGCUCUGCUCCCUCCUCCCUUCCAUGCCCCUGCCUUGCGAGCUGCCUGCAGCCCUGCUGCGGAGCAUGCGAGGGAGGACGGUGGGGAGGAUGAGAAACAGGAUGGUGGGGGCGACAGAGUGACACAAGGCGAGAGGGUGGUGGCAGAGGGAGGGGCGGUGGGGGAGCAACAGGGGAGGGAGGACGGGAAUGGAGGGGGAGGAGGCGAGGGGGAGGGGGAUGAGGAGGAAGAGAUGGAGGAGAAAGGGGACAGGUGGCGUGCUUGUGAGGUUGAUGCUGAUGUGGGUGGGGUGGAGGAGAGGAGCAAUGCAGGAGCUUUGAGUCUUGGUGCUGCUAAUGAUGGUGUGAAUGCUGUUGCUGCUGCUGAUGCUGUUUCUGAUGAUGAUGACGGCACAGCUGACGUUGUGUGUAUGGAUACUGACGAUGAUACCUGCACCGCAGCAGACCACCGCCAACCCCUCUGCACCGUCAUAGCUGCGACUCCCGCUCCCGGCGGUGGUGGGGAGCAGCGCCCUCCCCCGCCCACCCCCCACGCGCCCCUGUCGCACGUGCCGGUGCCCAUCCCCAUGCCCGAUCCCUCCUCUGUGCCCAUCCCCACCGUCUCCUCCUCCUCCGCCCUCGCUGCCUCGCCCUCCGCCCUCGCCCCCUCGCUGCCCUCGCUGCCCUCCCUCCCUUCCCUCGCCUCGCUCUCCUCGCUUCUGCCUGAUUCUCUGGAGGGAGCGCGGGGAGAUGCGUGGGGGGAAGGCGGCGGGGUUGGGGGGAAUGGCGGUGCAAGGGGAGGAGAGGCCGUGGCAGGGGCAGGGGGAGGAGAAGGCGAGGGGGGGCGUGGGGGAGCGGGAGUGGCUGGGCGGGCAGCAGCAGGCGGGGCAGGGUGGAGUGGGUGGGGCGGUGGGGGAGGAGGUGCUGAAGGGGGUGCAGUGGCAGUGGGGGCUGUGGGGAGGGGCGGGGAGGCGGGGGAGUGGGUGGCGAGGCACGUGUGGGAGGGGAGGCGGGCGGAGGAGGAGGAGGGGCGGAGGCGGGGCGAGCUGGCAGCAGCGGCAGCGCGGGCACAUGAGGAGUGCGUGCUGGAGGAGGCUGAUGGCAUCUGGGUACAGGCUGUGUGGGAUGUUGAGAGAGGAGAGGGCGGUGGGGCAGUGGCACAUGCUCACCCACUCUCCACCACUCUUUCCCCCCCUCCCACUCCCCCCUCUCAGGCCAACCGUCGCCUGCUCGCUGCAGCUUACCCUACCGCCACCACCACUGCUGCUGCUGCUGCUGCUGCUGCUGCUGCUGGCGGCACUGGCAGCACAGAGGCAGGCACGGGGGCCGCAUGGAGGGAGAUGGGGGCGGGUGAGGAGGGCGGGGCGGAGGGUGGAGAUGCAUGGAGGGUGCGGGCGGGGGGCAGCAGCCAGUGGGACUACGUGCUGCAGGAGAUGGCAUGGCUCGCCCACGACUUCCAACAGGAGCGGCUGUGGAAGCGAGCAGCAGCGAGCCACAUAGCCACGUGUGCACAGAGGGUGCGCACGGAGAGGGCGGAAGGUGCAGGCGAGGGGAGGGCGGGGUGUGAACCAAUGCAUGGGCGAGCAGGGGAGGAGGAGAGGAGUGGGGAGGGAAGAGACGAGGGAAGAGAGGAGGAAAGCAAGGCAGGUUCAAGGACCUAUGGUGCUGCUGUGGCUCGCCCUCUCUCCUCGGGGGAAGGCGAGGGGAAAGCAGGCGAUGGUGGCGGGGAGAGGAAGCGGAAGCAAGUGGAGGGGGCUCAUGGGGACUUGAGGGGGAAGGGCGCGGGGAGAAAAGCGAGGGACCAUAUGACACUCCCCCCUGCCUCUUCCCCCGACCCAUUCCCCCUCCUCCUCCCAGACUUUCUCCUCUCUCCCUCCCCCUCUCACCCCCUUCCCUCACUCCAUCCGUCCCCCUCCCCACACCUCGCAUCCCAUUCCCAUCCCUCUAUCUCCAUCCACCCUCCCUCCGCCUCACCCCCCCCUGCUGCCACCGCCCCCUCUGCUGGGAGGCCUACUUCGUUUUUGGAUGGCCUAGUGGGGAUGGGCGGGGGGGCAGGGGUACCUGUGAAGGAAGAGGGGUAUUUUGGUGGGGGAACGGAGAAAGGGGGAGAGGACAAGGGGAGGGCGGAUGGGGAGAGGGCAGGCGGGCAAGAGGUGGUGGGGGGAGUGAGCGGCACAAGAGAGGGCGAGGAGGGGGUGCUCGAGAGAGCGGUGGCAGUGGGGGUGCAGGGGCAGAAGCAGCAGCAGGGGGGUGUGAGUGCGGCGGGGCACAAGGGGCAACAGGGAGUGGCGAGGCAGCAGGGGAAGAAGCAGGUGCCGGUGAGGCAGCGGCCCCUCACACACCUGCAGCAGCGCAAGGAGGGCGAGACAGGGGGAGAGGGGUUGCGUGGGGAGAGAGAGGGGGUGGCGGAGGGGUGGAUUGAGGUGAGGGGGAGCGAUGGGGACUCUGGUGAGGCGAGUGCGAGGCCAGUGGCGGGGCAGCAGCAGGCAGGGCAGGCGGCAGGGGGUGCAGGGCAGCAUGGGUCAAUGGCAGGAGAUGGGGAGGGUGGGGAGAAAGGUGGGGUGAGUGUUGCAAGGGUGGGGGACGAAGGGGCGGGUGCAGGGAUGCAGGGAAUGGGGGGGUUGCGGGCAGAGGGGGCACAGGAGGGGGGAAAGGCGCAGCAGGGGCAGGUCAGUGGUAAAGGGGGGGUAGGUGAGGUGACACAGCAAGUAGGGAGUACAGGCGUGGGCAGAGGGGGGUUGGGCAGAGGAGGGCUGGGCAGAGGGCAAGGUAUGAAAGGUAUGGGGGCAAAGGGAGGGGGCGAGGGGCGAGGACGUGGAGCAGGGGCAGGGAGGGGCCUGGGUGGGACGAAGGUGGGUGGCAUGGGGAGGGGGGGCAAGGGGAAGCAGCAGGGGGAGGGGCGCGGGCAGAAGGGGAAGGCAUUGGGAGUGGGGGAGAGAGGGGGCGCUGAUGCUGAAGGGGAAGGGGCGUUGCAGCAGGGCGCAUUGGGUGGGAAGCAAGGGCAGGGGGUGGGUGCAAGGGAGGUUGCAUCAGCCGCAGGAGCAGCAGGGGGAGGGGCAGGGAAGGCGGGCAGCAAGGAUGGUGGCAUGUUGGCUGCGUCUGCCUCCGCUGACCGCUCUUCCCAUGACGUGGCGGCGCUCUGCUGUGGUGUGUGUGUGAACCAUGACGUGCAUGUGGUGUGUGUGUGGGCCAUGACGUGCAUGUGGUAUGUGUGUGGGCCGUGGCGUGCAUGUGGUAUGUGUGUGGACCAUGGCGUGCAUGUGGUGUGUGUGUGGGCCAUGACGUGCAUGUCCCGCCCUGCAUAUUCCUCUGCCAUCCUUUCCCCUCUACCAUCCAUUUCCCUCUACCAUCCAUUCCCCUCUACCAUCCAUCUCGUUCCCCUCUGCCCUGCAUUCCUAUCUGCCCCGUGUGCUCGCCAUCCCUCACAGCACCGCCAGCGCCCAUCCGCACACCGCAAGCCCAAGAACCCCCCGGCUUCCCCAAAGGUCACAUGUGCGUCCUAUGCCAGCCCCGCCCUCCCUCCUCGCCCGGCUGCUUCUGCUUCCUCUGACGCUGCUGCUGCUGCUGAUGGCGCAGCACUGGCCACCGGUGAAAUGGCAGGUGGGUGGUGCUGGGAGUCACUCUCUGCACUCUCUGCAUGUCACACGACUGCUCCUCAGCGAUGCUCUCUCCAUUCUGCUUGCCACUCCUUCGACAUCUUCACCUGCCACCGCACUGUUGCCGUUGCCAGAACAAGGCCUUUGCUCACCUGUGAAGUCCUACACUGUUGUUCACCUCCCGUCCGCAACCUCUCCGAACCUCUCCCCAGUUUCUUCCCCACCUCUUUCCAACCUCUUCCCAACCUCUUCCCAACCUCUUCCCAACCUCUCCCCAACCUCUCCCCAACCUCCCCAACCUCUUCCCAAGUACUCCCCAACCUCUUCCCAACCUCUCCCCAACCUCUUUCCAACCUCUUCCCAACCUCUUCCCAAUCUCUCCCCAACGACUGCCCAACCCCAUGCUAUCCCUCUUCUCCCUCCCCCUUCCCCCCAGCCGCUGGCUCUCAGUCUGCUGCAAUAACAACCCCCCUGUACCCGCACACCCACGUGCUUGCUGGGGCGAGGAAGCAGGGGCAGGCAGAGGGGGGUGAAGUGGGGAGGGUGGAGACGGAUGGGAGGGAUGGGGAGGCGUGGGCGGAAGGCAUGGGGCGGGCUGGGGGCGAGGUGGGCGGGAGGAGGGACGUGGUGGCGAGUGGCAUGGGCAGGGAGGUGAAGAAGAAAGGCAGCAAGCGACAGUCGUCCCCCCACCAUCUGCCCUCACCUCCAGGAGCGCAUGCCCUGCCGCUCGCCGCCACACCCUUGCAAGCAGAGGCAGCAGGCGCUUUGCCUCUGCCGCCCGCCCACGGGGACGUGCUGGGCGGGUCCCCAGGCAGCACUGACCUCGCUGCUGCACGCGCACCUGGCAGCGACGCGGCUGAUGAUGCUGAUGGAGCUGAUGACGCCCUGCCAUGGUCUCCCAUGGAGGAGCAGGUGCUGGUGGCAGUGGUGAGCGACCUGGGCACCAACUGGCGCCUGGUCACAGAUGUGCUGCUCUCCAUCACACACCUCACUGGCGUGUAUCGCAGUCCCAGUCAGUGUGAGCGCCGGCACACCGCCCUCCUCUCCUCGCCUCCCAUACCCUCCUCCACGCCCUCCAAGGAGGCGGGACGUGGCGGGGGACAGUGGGUGGGGGGCGACGAGGACCUGGUGGGGGGCGAGGAGGACGUGCUGAGGGAGCAUCGCCACGCGGUGCUAACCAUUUUCUCCAAACACCAUGCUCGUAUGCUGGCCUUGGAGGCACAGGAGUUGAAGCAGCAGGUGCAGCCACACGCCUCGCACCUCCUCGUCCUCUCCAACGUCGCUGCCUCCUCGCCCUCCGCUCCCAUGCCGCCCAGCCCCUUGGAUCUCAGCAGCAGCCCCCCGCUCCCACCAGUCGACGCACCCACGCUCGCUCCCACUACUGCUGCUGCUGCCACACAUGCCGCCUUGGGAGCCACACAUGCCGCCUUGGGAGCCACACAUGCCGCCUUGGGAGCCACACUGCCAGCAGCUGUCACCACCACUGCGACAGCAGCACGGGCAGCAGCAGCAGCAGCAGGGGCUGGCAGUGGUGCUGCAGAGGGGGCGAGCGGUGCAGCAGUGGCAACAGCAGCAUCUGGGAACCACGUCUCAGCAUCAACCCAAUCCCAGGCCCACAUGGCCCCUCACUCGCUCUCCUCUCACACUUCCCUCCCAUCAUUGCCACACUUCCCCUCCUUCUCCCCUACGCUCCCUCACCCCGCCUUCCAAUCCCCUUCACCUUCUCCCCACACCCCUCCCCUCCCCAGGAGACCCACUCCCCCUCCCACUCUCCCACUCCCCCACUCCAUGCCCAUUGCCUCCUCGCCCUCACUCUCCACCACCACCCCUCCUCCUGUCACGGGACCCAUCCCCCAAGCCUCCCCCGCCCCCAUGCAAGUCUCUCCUGUUGCCACUGCUUCUUCUGCCAUACCCUCAUCCGCACCUGCUGCAUUGACUCCUGCACGCACAGGCACUGCCACUGCACACUCUGCUUCUCCCUCCGCCCCGCUGCCACCUGCUGCCUCCGCCUCCGCCCUCCAUGCGUCUUCCACUCUCCACACUGCAUCUGCUGCAGCCGCUCCCAUUGCCGCUGCUCCGUAUGGUAACCAGACGGCCAUGGGAAUUGGUAAUCAGACGGCCGUGGGACAUGGUAACCAGAUGGCCAUGGCACAUGGUAACCAGACGGCCGUAGCACAUGGAAACCAGACGGCCGUGGCACAUGGUAACCAGACGGGCAUGGCACAUGGUAACCAGACGGGCAUGGCACAUGGUAACCAGACGGGCAUGGCACACAGUCAUGGUGGGAGCAUGACACAAGCCUCCAUGCAUGGCCAUGGCCGCUCGUCUCCCCAUGGGGUGCCUCAUGCCUAUCAGUCAGCUCUGCCAUUCCCCAACUCCCCUGCACAUGUGCACCCACAUGCCUCUGCUCUUCCCCAUUCGUCCACACCCCACGCGCCCCUCACCGCAACCACCCCGUCACAUGCCCCCCCAAGGGCACCUGCUGCUGCAGGCGGGGCCAAGGGACUGGCAGCGUCCGUGGGGGGCGCAGGGGGUCGCAUCGCCGGUGGCAGUGCAGGUCGGGGGGGUGGUGGGAAUGUGCAGGGGGGCAGGGGAAGGGGUGCGGAGGUGGCAGGGAUUGAAUCGCCGGGCAGCAAAGCGGCAGCGCCUCUCAGGUAUGAUAUGAGUCCAUGGUUUUCCCUGUCAUAG